AUGGAGAGCCGCCGAUUAGAGGGGCCGACCGCGGCGGUUUUAGACCCGGAGACGGAGUUUCUAGCGUCCAAGCAGGAGACCGGAAACGAGUGGGAGCUCUUCAAAGAAAAUGUCCGCCCCUUGAAGCGCGGCCGCAACGUUGGCCUCCUCAACGGCGCCCUGAAAUCGCACUCCGAUUCGCAACUCAGGAACUCGCUUCUCCAACACCGGAGGAGAUUAAUCGAGGCGAUUGAUGAUUAUAAUGGAGAAGACCCUCUUCAGCCUUGGAUUGAGUGUAUCAAAUGGGUUCAGGAAGCCUUUCCUCCUGGUGGUGAUUGCUCAGGGUUAGUUUUGAUUUAUGAACAAUGUGUACGCACAUUUUGGCAUGAAGACUGUUACAAGGCUGAUCUUCGGUAUCUGAAAGUGUGGUUGGAAUAUGCUGAAAAUUGUGUUGAUGCUGAAGUCUUAUAUAUUUUUUUGGAGGCAAACAAAAUUGGAGUGACACAUGCAUCAUUUUACAUCUCCUAUGCACUCCACAUGGAACACAAGAAUAAAAAUAAAACUGCAAAUGACAUCUUUAACCGCGGGCUAUCUAUGAAAGCUCAACCAGUUGAAAAGUUAACAACAGCGUACAAGAAGUUUCUUACACGUUCAAUGCGACAACUGAAUGCCACAGAUGAGGAUGUGACAGAUAACCACUUACCAGCUCGAAGCUUUGGGACUGUGUUGACCAGGCAAACAAGAAACCAGCCUUCUGAGAGUUCUGAUAUUUUUAGGAAAAAGCUGAAGACACACAGGUUAGAACAUGGUUUCCAUGUCCACAAGUCUUUGAUGCUACUAGCUUUGCUCAAAUUUGAACUAGUUCCUACAAUCACAGUUUAUAAGUAUGAAUGA